CCAUGUUAUAGCCCUAGAUAUCGAGUGAAUCUAUUCUUUUUAUGCAAUAGUUCUGGGAGCUUACAGGAUACAGGUGCUCUUUACCUAAUGAAUGACAACUACAUUUGAGUCUUGAGAUGUGCAGGCUGGUUAUUAUAAUUAUUCACCUGUUGCCAAGUUUAAGAACUGCUACUUAAUGAACAUUAUGUUCUUUGAUUUUGUUCGGUUAAAAACAUGUGUAUACUGGUCUAGAAGAUUGGAUAUCAACAAAAGAUAUAAACGGGCAUGUAGCUGGUUCUCUAUGUUUUGGGAAUUAAAUAAAAUACAUGGGAAAAACUCAUGAUUUAGAGUCUUUUAAGAGAUGGUAGUUGAUUGCCUCUAUAUUUAGGAAAUAAAUAAAAAGAAGAAACAAUUUAAUUAGUAAUUGAAUAAUUCAGCAACUAUAUUUUUUAUGGGCCAAUCUAUUGGGGGUUACCAUAUGAACCAUGAUUGAGAGCAGCUUAGUUCCAUAUGAGUUAAUUGAUUAUAUUUUUAAAAAAUUCCUUAAUUACAAUGUGUACAUCUUUGCUAUAAAUACAAAACUAUUAUCUAUUAUUUUUUAUAAAUAUAAAUUUUGUUUACUGGAUUUUUAAAACACGUGUGUGCCGUGCACCUUACUAGUUAUAUUAUAAAAACGAAGAUGUCAUAUAUCCCAUGAACAGGCACUUCCAUAUUUGUUGUCAUGUACUAUUUGUCGUUGAAUUUGAAACCCACUCCACUUUAUCCUUAGUAAUGUCAUGGACAAUAUCCUUAGUAGUUUGAUGGACAAUAUCCUUAGUGAGAAAAACAACCAAAAGACCACUCCACUUUAAAAAAAUCAAAUAAAAUUGGGAAAGAACAAUAAAUCAACAAACGCUAACCACAAGCAUAGAAAAAUCUAUGACAAAAAACGAUUACACAUUGAAAAAACUGUUCCUUAGGGAACUUUCGUUCAACGACAACAAAGAUCUUACCGAAGAUAUAAAAAAAGGAUAAUACUGCGACAUAACCACAUGAACAAAAUUUCAAAAUUAGUUUUCUAUACAAGGAGAUCUAAAGGGAGAAAAAAGUGCUUGUAAAAACGAGCACUUGUCUUAGUAUGAGCAGCGGCGUGAGUUUGAGUGAGUUUUGAAGGCUUACCUCAAGUCACAACUGGUCAGCUUACACUAUAGCAGUUGAAGCUGGAAAUAGCAUGCAUAUACAAAAUACGUUUUGCUGAUAAAAUGGCGUAAACACUGAAGUACGGGAGCAAAAGGAUAUCAUCUUCAUAGCCACUUCGGCAUGGAGGCAGGGACAACACUUCUCCCGCUUCCCUGAUUCCCUCACCCAUUCAACUCGCCAUGGCGGAAGCUCUCGUGGGCCUCCGCUUCGCCGCCCCCGCCUUCCCGCAGCCUCAGAGGCACCGCUGCGCCUGCCUUCUCCCCGCCGCGCGCUUUGCCCCGUUCUGGCGCGGCCGGCUGCACACCGCCCGCGCGGCAGUCGCGGGGCCGCCGGAGGUGGACGAGGACGAGGCCAUGAGCAUCGACAACCUGCAUCGCUUCUUCGACCUUAACAUGGGCAAGUGGGACGGCUCGUUCUACGUACGCCCCGCCCUUCAAUUCGACGUACACGGGCGGGUUCUGCAGGGGAUUAGCACGCGGCUGUCCGUGAGCACGUACGGGGAGGACAACCUUAUCAGCCUCCUUCAAUCGUUGUAUAUUAAGCAAGCAUCCUCUGCAAUAUCAAUUGUGGACGAAGACGAUUCUGAACCUGAAUGGGUGGAGUACAAAAUCAAAGAGACGAAUAUGUUCACUGUGGACAAAUAUCAGCAGAUAGGAUUCUUUCCUGAAGAAAAGGCAUUUGCUCUGAGGUACCAGACUGCUGGAAUGCUGGAGACUGUCCUUCGGGUUGGUGUGCUUGGAGAAGAUGACACUGGUGAAGAAUCCCCCAAAAACUUGAAGAUACCUUCUCGUAAGCCAUCUAUUGUAUGUGAAAAUUGUCUUUACUCCCUUGAAGGCAAUGGUCGAGUGAGGGCUUUCCACAUAAUGGACCCAAAGGGAGUGCUUGACACACUUCUCGUUUUUCAUGAGAGGCAGGGAUCUGCAGUGCCACAACCACUUAUACGUUCUCCAGUUGGUACCGAGAAUGCCAGCAGGGAUAGGAUAAAUGCACUACUUGGAAGAUGGGAGGGGCAUUCUGUGACUAAGAGGAGUGGGGUCUAUGGAGCAACGCUCGCUGAGGCAGAUACAGCUGUUGUUCUCAAAAUGGACGGCAAUGGCCAACUGAUUCAGGAUACUUUAUCAACUAAAAUCGGAACUGGCACAACCACAACGGUCAACUGGACAGGAUCAGCAAAUAACAACUUGCUUCAAUUUGAUGGAGGAUAUGAAAUAACAUUGCUACCUGGUGGGAUGUACAUGGGAUAUCCCUCGGACAUUAGCAAAUCCGUCGCCAAAUUAGAUUCUUUUCAUUUGGAGUUUUGUUGGAUGGAAUCACCAGAAAAGAGGCAGCGGCUUGUGCGAACUUACGACUCAGCCGGUUUGGCUGUUUCGUCGACCUAUUUUCUUGAGACCAAAGUAUGAGUUACAGCUUCCACGUCCGAAAUGUAUAGCAACAAUUUUUUGCCCUCCUCUCACUUUAUGUUGUUCCAAGGCUUAGGAAGUCAAAAUAUUGACUAGAUUCUGGGACUUCAGUGAAGCAUGUCUAGAGACUUGAUGCUAACACUACACGAGAUAUGGACCUAGUAAAAAAAUGUGGAACCGUCCAUUCAAUGGUUUAUAGUGUUGAACAUUUGUCAAUUAUGUAGCUGUACUUUUAAUGUUACUAUCUCAACUUAUUCAAAGGUUUGUGAGCUAUGAGCCUAUCAAUGAAAGAAACUUCUCGGAAA